CCACGAGUUGGGGCGCGCCGCACGCUUCCCCCUCCACCCCCCCGACGUCAUCUUUCCGCGCCCGCCGUAGCCGCGGCGCCGCCAUGUCGGUGUGGCUGAGCCGGCUGGGCCGGGUCGCGGCCCGGGGCCGCCUAGGCAGAGCCGCGGUGCCGGCGGCAAGGAUUCAUGUCAGCCCUGAACAGAACCUUGAGUAUGGGUGGCUGGCUUAUAUGCUGGGAGACAGAGCUACAAAAAAGUUCACUAACAACAGCAAAGUCUUUACGGUGGAGGGAAACUUAGCUUCUGGGAAGGGCAAGCUUGCGCAACAAAUAGCAGAAAAACUAGGAAUGAAAUAUUUCCCAGAAGCAGACAUCCAUUACAUAGACAGGAAGACUGGAGAUGGGACGUUGCUGCAUGAGAAAUUUAAUGGUUUCUGUAACCUGGAAAGAUUUUACAAUGACCCAAAAUGCUCUGAUGGACACUCUUACCGAAUGCAAGCUUGGCUGUUUGGUAACCGCGUUUUACAGUAUGCUGAUGCCUUGGAGCAUCUGCUGGCCACAGGACAAGGUGUGGUGAUGGAGCGCUCUCCCUACAGCGACUUUGUGUUUCUGGAUGCAAUGUUCAAACAAGGCUACGUCCACAAGCGAUGUCUUGAUCACUACAAGGAGAUCAAAGAGAUCAGUAUCUCUGAGUUCCUGCCGCCUCACUUGGUCAUUUAUAUUGAUGUACCUGUCCCGGAUGUGCAGAAGAGGAUUCAAGAGAAAGGCGAGCCAUAUGAGAAAAAGGUGUCUCCUUCUUAUCUUCAGCACAUCGAGGAUGCUUACAAGAAAACCUUCUUACCAGAGAUCAGUGAGUCCUGUGAAAUUCUGCAGUACACGGCGACUGAGGCGGAGGAUGUGGAGAAGGUAAUCGAAGACAUUGAGUACCUGAAGUUUGACAAGGGGCCAUGGCUGGAGCAGGAUGACGUUUCUUUGCAUCAUUUGAGACUUUAUGUGCAGGAAAAAGAUGGAGUGGUGGAUCCGACAGCCAUCCCUCUCUUCAUUCCAGAAAUCACAAUUGGAGGCACUGAAUAUGAUAAAAUCUAUUAUGAGUAUCGAUCGCUUCCUGGUCGCAAUUUUAGGACAGGCUACAAUGCUGAUGUUGGUGACAAGUGGAUCUGGCUGAAGUGAGUCCUGUUCCUUUGGGAGCCCUAACCACGAUGGACCACAGAACUUGAGUGAAGAAGAAGCCAAGUCAGCGUGCCUGCUCGGCGUCGGUUGUGUAGCAUGAAUAAAAUGCUGGUGAAACCAUUGAAGAGGAACAGGCUCUUAGAAGGGAAAUCACUUUGUUUUGGUUUGUUCUUCCCUGAUGAAUUCAGGUUGCUUUGUCUCUGGAUGUCAGACUGUCAUUGUGUGAUAGCAAAGUUGUCUGGUAUUACAGGGGCAGGUUUAAGAUCAAUGCUGAACUUUCUCUUCAUUAAGACUGUGGCAUAGUAUUAUACAGGAUUAUUGUUGUUUUGCUGAAUCAAGAGAAAUUAAACCUGUAUCCUCCUGGCUCUCACAAUGUUAAUUUCUCGCUCUGUUGUGCGUGGUAUUUUAUUAGGUUCAUUAGCAGAGUGCA